AUGGCCUCUCCAGCCACGGCAGUCAGCCACGAUGGCCAUCCAGCAACAACUUGUGCCCCAUCAAUUCCAUUUCGGGUGCUAAAUACUCUACACAUCUGCGGCUGCCCUCCUCUUGCUUCAGCAUCCAUUGUUGCCUGUCUUUGCAUAUGGGGAACCUCAGUUUUAUCAGAAACUAUAGGCUUUUUCUGCCCCUCGUCCCACAAAGCAGGGGUAGAGCCAGCACUUUUCUCAGCAUGCUCCUCCGAUAUGAGCCUUGUUGUUGCAUCAUUUCCUCCAUUAUCAACAUCUACAAGAACUUCGUCCUUUCUUGAUGAAGAUACGAAUCUUUUAGAAGAUUUCUUCGAUACUUUCUCUUUCUUAACUUUAUUCUCAUCUUUCGAUCCUUUAGAGCAAAUGCAGCCCAUACCAAUUAAGAGUUUCAGUCUCUCGUGCUUAUUAAUCUGA